AUGACUAGCCACGGGAAACUGAAUUCGUUUUCACGUCGGCUACCCUGUGAAGUUCGUGAUCGAAUAAAUACAUAUCCAGCUUCCAUGGCAUCCUCAGGUGAUAUAAUAAUGACGACGGAGUGGUCGAACUACUAUGCUUCCUUGGAACAAUGGGUUAAAGAACAGCAUCAGGCCCUCUCGGUUUCCGAACAACAGAUGCGCCAGGCUGCAGAAGAACAGAAUCGAUGGUGGAGAGCCAGUUUCCUUGCACAAAAACAGUAUGAAAAGGAAAUGCAGCGAUUUCAAUUGCGUGCGUCGCAAAACUUGGCUGCCUCUCAACGACACUCGGCCGCUCAAGUUGAUAACCGUCAUAUCCCUGUGCAGUUUCAUCGUUAUAUCAUUCCGCAUCCAUGGCGCCGCGUAGCUGCUGAGAUAAUAGACUCGCUUAUAUUGCUGGUGAUCAAAGUAGCAAUCAUUUACUGGUUAAGUGGAGAUACCUCGUCUUCAACAGGAUUUUCUAGGCUUUUCGGAUUCAACAUAUUCCCUGCUUCCGAAUAUAGAACUCUACGCCGUGCACGAAUCUGGGCCAAGUCCGAAUUGCGAAAAAGCGAAUUGUUCCUGACCAGGCUGGAACAGUUACUUUUUGGUGGUGAUGGUGAGCAAGAUAUGUCCGAUGCUGAUGGCGAUUUGUUUGAUCUUGAUCUUUUGCUGAUCGUCGAUCAUAUUGGCCGCUUUUUCGGCGCCAUUAUCGAGGCCAUCUGCAUCAGCCGUUGUUUCUUCGGCCGGGGUCCGGGCGGUGCUACCAUUGGAAAAUGGAUCAUGAACUUACGAGUAGUCUCUUGCGACGAGAUCAUUCCCCUACCGGAAAUGGUUGAAGUCGUGCCAGGAAGUAAUCUUGGAAUCAUCAGAGCUAUCGUCCGUUCGGUGUUGAAGAGCACCAGCUUCCUCACAAUCUUUUCCUUCAUUUGUAUGAUGCUGUUUCGCUAUCAUCGUUGCACGUAUGAUAUUAUCGCCGGUUCACUAGUGGUCCAACCGCUACCUAUCGUCGUCCAGAUGCCAGAUCAGAACAUUUCACUUGCUUUGUUUAUGCCUCCCUGGUGCUUCAGUCGAUUAGCGCCUAUAAAGCCCAUCUUUUGUGUUGUGAGGGCGAGAUGGACCAAGUGGUUAGAGCGCGAAUUUACUGACCGGAGGUUCCGUGGUUCGAACCCGACCUCUGCCUCUCGACUCCCCUGUCAAGGGUUGGGCAACAUGGCAAUAUCCCAGCCCUCGUGCCUCCUUCGCGUGGCAUGGCAGCUAGGCACCGAAAAUAUGCUACAGCCGAACGAGAAACUACUCAUAAGGUUGCUGAGAACUCUUCGACAGCCCACGACCGGUUUCGCCCCUCUUGGGGCUUGUCAAGUAGACGCGAGUUUCUGUCAACCUUAUGUUCUACUUGAACCCAAAUUGGACGGCUUGGGCAACCUGGCAGUAUCCCAGCCCUCGUGCUUCUUUCGCGUGGCAUGGCAGCUAGGCACCGGAAGGGUGCUACAGCUGAGCGCUUCUUCACUUCUUCAAUUGGAACUUCCUAAACGGACGAGCGUAUUUAGUUGCUACACGCGGCAAUUGAAGGAUAAAACGACUGACAAAAAGAGUGAGGUAGCAUUAACUGGUGUGCUCGUUGAAAUCAUCAUCGACAGCAUGGCAUCAGUAUUCAACACCGAUGCCUCACUGUCGUACAACCAUGAUUUAUUUGAAAGCCUUAUUGUAAAGAAAAGAACACUCACUCAGGCAAUCUGGAUAGAACCUGACAACAAGAACGCCACUGACAUCCGUUGGCUCGUUGAAAUAGCAGGGAACAAAACAUGUGUUAGGCAGGAAUCCACACGGACCCCGCUAUACCGAACGUCUUCAGGCGCGGCUACGGCCGAUAAGCCUGGCCCGCACGAGGUUGGACCAGAAUUCGGGACGCUUGCCGGUCCGGUAUCAAGGCGAGAUCUGAUUGGUCAACAAUCUGGACCCAACAGCCAAUCAUGA